UUCACGCGGGAUCACGAAAAUUUUUGAUUUGCUGCAUAGAUUCCUGCUGUGUUCGAGGCUGUGUUUGGAAGAUAUGUCCGUGUAAAGUUCUUAAAAUGAACAAAUGUUUUCAAUUUUGACGAGAGCAGGCAAUAUUUAGCGAUGGGUUAAGCUGUCAUAUAAUAAUGGCCACAAACGGAGGCAUAAACGCCGGCAAUGCCAAAGUGCCAUGGCUGACUAUGGAUAACACUGGAACAUCGCCACAAAGAACUCCAAAUAGACGACCAAAAAAGUCGACAGCUGUUUCAUCUGUGAGGCCAAGAAGAGCUCUACUUUGUCUGGAACUGCAUCACCCUUUAAGACAUUAUGCAAUAAACAUAGUGGAAUGGAAACCAUUUGAUAUUCUAAUUUUGAUAACAAUUUUUGCAAAUUGUGCAGCGCUAGCGGCUUAUCAGCCGUUUCCUCGAGAGGACAGCAGCACCGUGAAUGACAAUUUGGAAAAGGCAGAGUAUUCCUUUGUGACAAUUUUUACAAUUGAAUCAAUCCUAAAAAUAAUUGCAUAUGGAUUUCUAUUUCAUCCUGGUGCUUACUUGAGAAACCCAUGGAAUAUCCUGGAUUUUGUCAUAGUUAUUAUGGGUCUGAUGACCAUUGCACUUGGCCAGACAUGGGGAAAUGUAAAAGCUUUGAGAGCAUUUCGGGUUCUGAGACCAUUGCGAUUAGUUUCUGGAGUACCAAGUCUCCAGGUUGUGCUGAACUCCAUUCUCAAAGCAAUGCUACCGUUGUUCCACAUUGCGCUUCUUGUCGUAUUUGUGGUGAUAAUUUAUGCCAUAAUUGGCUUGGAGCUCUUUCUUGGCAAGAUGCAUAAAACAUGUUACGAUAACUCAACGAUGACGAUAACAUCAGAUGAGCCAGUACCAUGUUCGUCCAGCGGUACAGGCUAUCAGUGUGAUAUAGGAGCUGGUGAAGUAUGCAGGGGGCCCUGGGAUGGGCCUAAUAGUGGCAUAACAAAUUUUGAUAACAUUGGUUUGGCAUGCCUUACUGUAUUCCAGUGUAUCACAUUGGAAGGAUGGACUGAUGUAAUGUAUAGUAUUAAUAAUGUAUCAGGCAGUGCGUGGCCAUGGAUUUAUUUUGUAACAUUAAUUAUUUGGGGAUCGUUUUUUGUGCUGAAUCUUAUCUUGGGUGUUCUUAGUGGAGAAUUUGCAAAAGAGAAGGAACGUGCUCAGAAAAGCGGCGAAUUCCAAAAGUUCCGAGAAAAGCAGAUGUUAGAAGAAUCUCUGCAUGGUUAUGUUGAUUGGAUAAACGAAGCUGAGGAUUUACCUGAUGACGACGAAAGUGAAAACGAUCCACGUGGAAGUCACGUCACAUUAUCCAGGACUCCGCAUGGUUCCCAGUCUAUUGCGGAUGAUAUCAAUGAUGAUAACCCAUCAGAACCUCAGGAGCUAUCUUGGUUUGGUAAAAAGAGGAAGCAAUUCAAGAAAAGCCAUAAGCGAUUUCGUCGUCGUUGUCGAGAGUUUGUUAAAUCACAAGCAUUCUACUGGACGGUUAUUGUCAUUGUGUUUCUCAACUCAUUGUGUUUGGCCAUGGAACACUAUAAACAACCUGCCUUCUUAACUUUAUUUUUGGACAGGGCAAAUAAGGUGUUUUUGGGCUUGUUCACAGUCGAAAUGUUGUUAAAAAUUUAUUGUCUCGGAAGAACUGGUUACUUCGGUUCCUUGUUCAACCGCUUUGAUUGCAUUGUAGUGCUUGGCAGCUUGUUAGAACUCGUUAUUACUGAACUGACCGGUCUUCCUCCUGUUGGAAUUAGCGUGUUUCGUUGUGUAAGAUUGCUCAGGAUUUUCAAAGUCACCAAACAUUGGACAUCACUUAGUAACCUUGUUGCGUCGUUAUUGAACAGUAUGAGAUCAAUUGCUGGUUUACUGUUGCUUCUUACAUUGUUCAUGGUUAUUUUCUCCUUGCUGGGAAUGCAAACAUUCGGUGGGAGAUUCAACUUCGAUGAAACGUCUGUUCCUCGGAGUAAUUUUGAUUCUUUCUGGACAGCAGUGCUAACCGUAUUCCAAAUUUUAACAGGCGAAGAUUGGAAUGCCGUGAUGUAUGAUGGGAUACGUGCUUAUGGCGGUAUUCGGAACCCCGGAGCUGCGAUUGCUAUUGGAUAUUUCAUUAUUCUUGUCAUCGUUGGAAACUAUAUUUUACUGAAUGUCUUUCUUGCCAUCGCAGUUGACAACUUGGCUGAUGCGGAAAAUCUGACACGGAUUGAACAUGAACAAGAGAGAGUUAGGAAGGAGAAGAAAAAGAGAAAAUUGAUGAGAAAACAAAAGCAAUCGAGUACUAGUGCAGUUGAAUCCCACACCUCGCUGCCUGAACCAAAUGGGAACACGAUAAAGGUUGGAAAUGAGGCUUCGUCUGAGAGCAAACUAAAUGGACUCGCACUCCCAGAUCCUGAUCACUUGUCAGGUUCAAGACAAAGCUUGAAGAAAUCCAGUCUGGAACUCCAGGAAAUUGAAGACAGGUCAUCUAACCCACAGAUUGUUCCAAGGCGAGAUGAUUUCGUUGUGGAUCAGACGGAUCCGAUGCCAAUGGAAACCUCGAUGUUCAUCUUCUCCGGCACCAAUAGGUUUCGAGUUUUGUGCUUCAACUUUGUUACAUACUCGUACACAGUGAACUUCAUUCUUGCCUGCAUCCUAAUCAGCAGCGCCCUUCUGGCAGCCGAAGAUCCUGUCAGAGAACAUUCUGCAAGAAAUGAGGUUCUAAAAUAUUUUGACUAUUUCUUUACGGCUGUGUUUACUGUGGAAAUAAUCUUGAAGAUUAUAUCCUACGGUUUUAUCCUCCACAAAGGCUCAUUUUGUCGCAGUAGCUUCAAUCUUCUUGAUAUGUUGGUUGUAGCUGUUUCAAUCUUAGCGAUUGUGUUUAGUUCAUCUCAGUUUUCUGUCGUGAAAAUACUCAGGGUUUUGAGGGUUCUUCGGCCCUUAAGAGCGAUUAAUCGAGCCAAAGGUCUGAAGCAUGUUGUUCAAUGUAUGUUUAUGGCGGUCAAGUCAAUUGGCAAUAUUAUGCUUGUCACAAUCCUUUUUCAAUUUCUCUUCGCUGUUAUUGGUGUGCAGUUAUUCAAGGGAACCUUUUAUUAUUGUACCGACUCCUCAAAACACACAGAAGAAGAAUGCCAGGGAAAGUUCAUUGAAGAGAUUGAUGAUAAAAUCACUGUUUAUGAUCGUUUAUGGGAGAGAAAUGUGUUUACAUUUGAUAAUGUCCCCCAAGCGAUGCUCACAUUAGUUGUUGUUAUGACCUUUGAAGGUUGGCCCAGCAUUCUUCAUAAUUCCAUCGACUCGACAACACCUGGUAUUGGUCCAGUUCUCAACAACCGUCCGUUGGUUGGCAUCUAUUACGUCAUAUACAUCGUCAUCAUUGCUUUCUUCAUGGUCAAUAUUUUUGUCGGUUUUGUCAUCGUCACGUUCCAACAAGAGGGAGAGGAAGAAUUCCGUGGCUGUGAACUGGACAAAAACCAACGUAAAUGCAUCGAGUUUGCCCUCAAUGCAAAACCAAUACGUCAGUACAAACCUACCAAUCGCGUACAGUUCCAUAUAUGGCGAGUCGUGACGUCACGAGCAUUUGAAUAUAUGAUCUUUGCUUUUAUUACUUUGAACACUGUUGUGCUGGCUAUGCAGCAUUAUGAAGAACCAAUAAUCUAUACACGUGUUCUUGAUGGCUUCAAUAUUGGCUUCACUGCUGUGUUUUUGCUUGAGUGCAUCCUCAAAUUGAUUGCCUUCAGACCUAAGAACUAUUUUCUUGAUCGAUGGAAUAUUUUUGACUUCGUCGUUGUCGUUGGCAGUAUUAUUGAUAUUACUGUCGCCGAAAUACAGAGCGGAGGUGGCACACAGUUCAGUUUCAGUUUCUUCAGACUGUUUCGAGCACUUCGUCUUGUCAAGCUGUUAAAUCAGGGAGCAGGAAUCCGACAACUUCUGUGGACAUUUAUUAAAUCUUUUCAGGCGUUGCCAUAUGUUGGUCUGCUGAUUCUUAUGACGUUCUUCAUUUUCGCUGUGGUAGGAAUGCAGUUAUUUGGGAAAAUUGAGUUGAAUGACGACACAGCUAUAACGGUUCACAAUAAUUUUCAAACAUUCCCUCAAGCGAUCCUAGUUUUGUUCAGAUCCGCGACUGGUGAAAACUGGCAACAAAUCAUGAUGACGUGCACAAGUGCUAAUUGUGAUCCUCGUUCUGGCUCGACGACUGGCUGUGGCACUUUCUUUGCUUAUAUUUACUUUGUUGCUUUCUAUAUGAUCUGUUCAUUCUUGAUCAUCAAUUUAUUUGUGGCCGUAAUCAUGGAUAACUUUGAUUAUCUAACACGUGAUUGGUCGAUCCUUGGUCCGCAUCAUCUUGACGAGUAUGUCCGAGUAUGGGCCGAGUAUGAUCCUGAAGCAAACGGUCGCGUCAAGCACGUUGAUAUUGUUACAAUGUUAAAACGAAUCGAACCUCCGCUUGGGUUUGGUGAAUUCUGUCCACAAAGAGACGCUUGCAGGCGUUUGGUUGGAAUGAACAUGCCGUUGAAUCGUGAUGGCACAGUGGACUUCAGUGGAACAUUGUUUGGCCUAAUCCGUACUGCUCUGAGUAUUAAACGACCAGAAGGUAAGCUGACUCUGGACGGCGCAAACGAACAGCUGAGAGAAAUCGUUAUGAGGAUCUGGCCUCGUACUAGUGAGGAACUUCUCGACAAGAUUGUGCCUAAAGCUGAAGACGAUGAUGGUGUGACAGUUGGCAAAUUUUACGCGACAUAUCUUAUUCAAGAUUAUUUCCGGCGGUUCAAAGCAAGAAAGAAAACAGGGGUUCGUAAAAUGAGUUGUCAAGAAGACAAGACAUUUGCUUUGCAGGCUGGUUUGCGCGGUAUCCAGGGCCUGGGGCCAAGAAUACGUAAAGCCAUGUCAGGCAUGAUCGAGGAAGAGGAGGAGACUGAAAAGGCACCUGAUGGAAACCAAGAGGAAAAAGUUGAUCUGCCAGCUAUUCCAAAACGAACAGCGGACGGUCGACGUCAUUCUGACAGUGAAGCAAGCCCGGAGAAGCGGACUCCAUCCCGUCGACCGCGUGCAACGUCGUUCCGUCUUUCCGCUAUUUUUAAACGUCGGAGUACUGAGGCUGAUAUGGAGAAUAAGAUUGUCCCUGGUGAAAUACCUAUGGAAGAACAAGAACGAGAAGAAGAGGAACCAGUGAUUGAAAUUCCCCCGCCUCCACCGGAGGAACCGACUGAUGACGAAGAAGCCGCGUCCUCUUCCGAUGAAACAGCUUCAGAGGCAAGCGUCCACGAACCUACUCCGGAGGCGGCCGUCCAAGUUCCGGAAAAGAGUCUAUUGAAACAAUCCAGUUCACAUCCAGAUCUGAAACCUAGUUCCAGUCUUCCUGAUGAUAAACUAGUCGGUGACAGGCCUGCGCAAUCACCGAUACAGGAACGAAGGCGAAGUAAGAGUGAUACAAUGGUGGGUCUUGAAGACGCAGAAGGUGAUCAAGCUGUAUCUCUUAGCCCAGAUGAUCCUUUCAUCCAAGCUGUACAGCGUGAAAUCUCUGAGGCAUUCAACGUUUCUGAUGUAGAGCUAAACAGAAUUGCAGAGGAUUUGCUCACUGAGCUUGCGUACAUCGAGGAAGACGGUGGUCUUGAGAGGAUGCCAUCGUCAGCAUCCGUGUACACGCCAUCACUAUGGCAGGAAACCUAUAAAAAUUUACCUGACGAUUACACAGUCACCGACGUCUGAUGCUUAUGUGUCCCACACAUAAUGGGAGAAAUUUAUUAGAGCAACGUCACGUGAUUUGUGCAAAGCUUAUUAGCAUGAAUCACGUCCAACUCGCAUGCAACGUGUCAAUUUGCAAAAGAUGAGUAAAUUGGUGUCUCCCGCACAGAGAUUUUUCGCACGAAUAUUGAAAGUACACAAUUUAAGAAGUCCAAAGCGGCAAUAACUUUCUCUAAGCAACUAUUUAAAGAUUUUAUCGCAAGCGCAAAGGAUACGUGAUUGAUAAUAGUAAUGCGCACGUCUUAGAAUUAUUUUACAAUCUCGGAAAGCAAGGAGUGAAGGUUUGAAAGAAAAUUUUUGAUUGGAUAUUUGCAAGAAAAGAGAAUAUUUUUAUGUAGACUUGUAUAAUUUCACAGUAUCACAAAUGUUUUUACAAAUUAUUCCAAUACAGCACUAUAAAUAUUUCUCGUUCUUUUUGUCGUGAAGAUAUAGAACUA